AUGGAGCUAGUUACAGGAAGGCAAGCUGAACCAUCUGAGUCUCUCGACAUUGUAGUGGGUGCGACGAAAGGUCAACAUUACGAAUGGCGCGGUCCAAGUUAUCGAUCCAAAGAUCACGAAUUCUUCCCAGCAAGAGGUACUUGGAGCUCUAGAAAUCGCUCUCCAUGGCACUUCUGUGAUGCCGGAGAAAAGACCACCCAUGUCUGA